AAUGACGUGAGGACAGGUCGCGAGAAUGGAGCUCGUUGUCCACGGAACAAGGGUUCACUCGCUUCCCGUCCACCACGCGGCCGGCCAGUCCCCAACCACGGAAUGCUCGAGCUUUGACUUUGGCCUAACCACACAUGUCCGUCCGCCGCGCUCAGCUCUCCGGCGUUCUCCUCCCGCACUAAACAAUGGCGAACGCGGGAGCCAUCGAGCCGGCCUCGCUCCAGCACGGCCUUGGUAUAUAUAUAAUCUAUGGCUCUCCUCAAAUGGAAUUAUGGAAGCUCCGCUCCGGUCGAUCCCUACUCGACUGCUCCCACGUCACUCUCUCCUCUCCUCGCGCGCACGUCGUCUCCAGCUCUCUCCUCCCUCCGUCUCUCCAUUGUUUUUGUAUUCCAUCACCGUCGUCGUCACACGCGCACCGCACCACUUCCCCCCGCCCCGCGCGCAGCACCUCCCACCGGCCCCUCCGCUGUCCUCCGGAACCUUCCAUGGCGCCCGCGACGCCGGCCACAACGUGGCCGCGCCGCGGCGGCCGCGCAUUUCUCCGGGCGCUGGUCCUCGUGCUCGCCGUUGCCCGGCCGGCCUCCUCGCAGAACGUCCUGAGCCCGCCGCCCGGGGCCGCCGUCUCCGGCUCGUUCUCGCCGCCGUCCCCGCCAGCCGGCGGCGGCGACGGCGGAGGAGGGGGCGCGUUCAGCCUCACCACGUCGCUCCUCUUCGUUGGGAUCAUCGCCGCGCUCUUCAUGCUCGGCUUCUUCUCGGCCUACCUCCGCCGCUGCUCCGAGCACGCCACGGCCGCGGACGCCGCGCGCCGCGGCGCCGCCCUGAGCGCCAACGCGGCCGUCGCGGCGGCCGCGUUCGCGUCGGCGGUCGGCGGCGGCAGGAGGCGCGCCGCGGGGCUCGACGCCGCGUCGAGGGAGGCGCUCCCCGUGCUCACCUACGCCACCGCGCGGGCGGUCAAGGCCGGCCGCGGGGCGCUCGAGUGCGCGGUCUGCCUCUCCGAGUUCGACGACGCCGGCGAGAAGCUCCGCCUCCUCCCCGGCUGCUGCCACGUCUUCCACGCCGCGUGCAUCGACGUGUGGCUCGCCGCGCACGUCACCUGCCCCGUCUGCCGCGCCGACCUCUCCGAUCCAGCCGUCGCGGACGCCGGGCACGUCCUGGCCGCCGACCUCGCCGCCCAGGCGGGAACGCCCACCGACACGGUUGUCAGCAUCGACAUGGAGCCGCCGUCCGAGUCAACGCCGCGACGGCAGGACCCCACGUCGCCCGACGAGCAGCAGCAGGCGGAGACGGCGGAGGAGCGGAUGGACCGGUACACGCUGCGGCUGCCGGAGAGGCUCAAACGCGAGAUCGACGAGGCGAAGCGCCUCCGCAGGGCGAUGAGCGCGGUGACGGCGUCCACCGCGCUGCCGAGCGCCGCCAGCGGGCGGUUCACGUCGGCAGCGCUGCGGACAAUGUCGGCCGCGCGGCCAAGCCGGCGGUGGUCGGGGCUGUUCCGGGCGCUGACGGGGUCGCGAGCGAGCGAGGCGGACGAUCACCGGAGGGUGGUGCCAUUGCAUACCGGCGACGGGGAGGAGGUGGAGGUGGUGGUGGUGCAAGACGACGUGGACAAGUACUACGCGCACAGCCUCACGUUCGCGGGGUUCGUCAUCGACGGCGACGUCGCGGCCGGCGACUGGAACCCGGAGGUCUUCCAGGUCUCGACGGCCGUUCCCGCCGCGCCGGCGACGUCGCAGCGGUGAACCCAGCAGAAGGCAUAUCUGACCGUGAACUCCUUUUCGUAGUAGAGUGAUUGCUCAUUCCAGCGAUCCUAUAGUCAGAGGUAGUAGAGUGAUUGCUCAUGGUUUGAUUAGUUUGACAGCAACUGUACAUUUAGAGUUACUAGUUGUCGUCUUGUCGAUUGGAAGUGCUCUGUACAUAUAUAAUUAUAAUUUUUUUAGACCACUAAAAAAUAGAGCCUCAUGGAAAUA